UUCAGCAAAAAAAAUGCAGCAUGAAUAUUCAUAAUGUGAAUGUAAAAUCUUCAUCAGAUGUUGUCCUUGUUCCAAUGAUGUAUCGUCUAAAUGCAUUUGAUAAAGACACAUCAUGCAUAGUGUCAGUUGUUGAGGUAAAGAUGGUUCAACAAUUGCAGUCAGUUCGAGCACAACAGAAAACAAGAGCAACUAGGUCAGCUUCAGGUGGAAGUGAAAGUGAUGUGAAACCUGAACCAGCAAUAUAUCAAGAUAUACCUCCUAAAUUCCAUGGGCAACAUGGGGGUGAACUUCUGAUACAUAAAGAUAUUUAUGGUGGUUAUCUUAGCAAGGGUAGAAUGUUCAGAUACCUUCCAGGGAUGAUUUGCAUAGGAACAAGGGUUAUAUUUACCCUCCUGAAAAUAGCAGGUACGCAUUUGAGAGAAAUAAUGACAAUGUCUAAACUUGACACAAUCAAGACCAGUAGUAAAGCUACCAUCUAUUAUUCAGAGCCAAAAGAUUUGUUGAAGAAAGAAGAUAGAGACAUUUUAGUUGAGUCAUUUGUAAGACUUAAUAAUAUUGAUGAUGAUAUGUAACCAUGGUAGCUAUCAUUGAAUUGUUUUCUUUUUCUAGAAAAAUUGCAACAUAAGUAUGGAUUUCCAUGUCUAAAAGUCAAUCUCAUAACCAUCUUUUCCUUCACACUUUUGGGUAACAUAGCUGCUGCAUCAGUUUUGUUGCUGUCCCAUUAUGUUAGCUGAUCUAGUUUCCAGAGAAUAACUUGUGUGUACGGGUAUAUGCGUUUAAGUGUAUGGAUCUCUCUAAAAUUGUAGUACAAGUUACAUUACCACAAAGAGAAGGCUGGGAUCAAGUUUUGGGGUAAAUACUAUAAAGGGGUGGCAGUGGGUUCAACCAAACUUUUAAGGGACAGGAUAUUUUGAAAACUAUUGUUGGAUAGAGAGACAAGCAGGAAUGAUUACAAGGAAUGACCAGUUACAGAUCAAGUUAAUAUUUGUUUUGGUCGGAUUAUGAUUUGCAGAGUAAUGGUCCUUGGACUUAGAAAAUUCGUUUUAAGAAUCUGUUUUCCACACUUUAUAUGCCCCACCUACGAUAGUAGAGGGGCAUUAUGUUUUCUCGUCUGUGCGUCCGUUUGUUUGUCUGUGCGUCUGUUCGUCUCGUUUCAGGUCAAAGGUUUUGGUCAAGGUAGUUUUUAACUUAUUACACAUGUUCCCUAUGAUAUGAUCUUUCUAACUUUUAUGCCAAAUUAAAUAUUUGACCCCAAUUUCACGGUCCACUGAACAUAGAAAAGUAUAGUGCAAGUUUCAGAGUAAAGUUUUUGGUCAAGGUAGUUUUUGAUGAAGUUGAAGUCCAAUCAACUUGAAACUUAUUGCACAUGUUCCCUAUGAUGUGAUCUUUCGAAAUUCAAAUGCCAAAUUAAAUAUUUGACCCCAAUUUUACGGUUUACUGAACAUUAAAAAUGAUAGUGCGAGUUGGGCAUCUGUGUACUGUGGACACAUUCUUGUUUCCUUUCUAUUUGAAGAUAGUGCUUUGGUAUUUGGUUUAUAGUUCUAUCAUGAUCAUGAUCACUGACAAGUUACAGAUUAAGUUUGAAUGUCGUUCUAGAGAUAUUACUUUUUGUACAGUUUCAGUCACUGGACUAAGAAAUUUACAGAAAUAAUCAGCAUUCCA